AUGCGCCUCCAAUUCGCUAUCGCCGCCGUCUUGGCCCUCGUCGCUAAGAACGCCAACGCCUUCUCUGUCGGCUCGCCCGAGGGACUCGCCGCCGGCGCCACCGGUGGAGCGGGAGGCAAGACCGUGUACCCGAAGUCGACCAGCGAGCUCGUCUCGUACCUCGCGUCCAGCGAGCCGCUUGUGGUCGUGCUGAACAAGACGUUCGACUUCCGAGGCACGGAGGGCACCACCACGGAGACGGGUUGCCGUCCGGACUACACUCGCGAGUGCAUGGCCAAGAACAACGGCUACAAGAGCCAGGAUGUGAUCAUCCAGGGCGGCAACAUGGCGACCACGGGCGGCUGCACUGGUGGCACCAAGGUGAAGAUCACAUACGACAACGCAGCUCUCAAGCGCAUGACUGUUACCGGCAACAAGACCAUCCGUGGCAUCGGCAAGAGCGGCGUCAUCAAGGGCAAGGGUCUCACGCUCAACGGCAACAACAUCAUUAUCCAGAACGUCCACAUCACGGAGCUCAACCGACACCUCGUCUGGGGUGGCGACGCCAUCUACCUCCAGGGUCUGGACCACGGCAAAACCGCCAUGAAGAACAUUUGGCUCGACCACAUCAAGGUCUCGCACGUCGGCCGACAGUUCCUCACGACCAACAUGGCGAGCACCGACUCCCUGACCAUCAGUAACUCGGACUUCGACGGCAACACCGACUACUCGGCGUCGUGCGACGGCCACCACUACUGGUCGUUCAUCUUCUACGGCGUGACCAAGUUCAGCAUGCUCAACAACUACAUCCACGGCACGUCGGGCCGCUCGCCCAAGAUUGGUGGCGACAGCGCUGCAAAGGUCGUCGCGCACGUCGCCAACAACUUCUGGGGCAACAACACGGGCCACUCGUUCGAGAUCGGCGCCAACGCCUGGGUGCUCGCGGAGGGCAACUACUUCAGCAACACGAUGAUGCCUCUUUUCACGGGUAAGGACGGCGCGCUGUACGCGGCGAGCAGCCAAGACCAGUGCAAGAGCCUCCUGGGUCGUGCGUGCGUGGCCAAUGAGCUGGUGGACAGCGGCGCCUUCGAGUCGCGCAACGGCGAGACUGCGCUGAAGACGGUCAAGUCGGUCUCGACGUUCAUUGAGUACACGCCAGGUUCCACUGGCUCGGGCGGUUCGCAGCAGCAGCAGCAGUCCUCGAAGGCGGAGCAGCAGCAGGAGCAGCAACAGGAGCAGCAGCAGACUGCACAGACGAGCGGCUACAAGCAGGAGGAGUCUCAGUCCAGAAGGCUGGCUGGCCAAACGAGCGACUUGGAGAAGGAGUGGCAGCAGACCACCGGCAACUUCGGUGUUGGCAAGUUGGACUAA